AUGACUGCCACAGUUAUUGCGAGAGCGACGGUGCACGGCGUGCGACUGGUGGGCGACGCCAUCUCUCUAGCAGUGGGGGUUCUGUGGGUGCUGUUCACUGCGCUGCUUCGGACGCUGCUGCCCCCGCCACUACCCAAGAGCAUCGCUGGCGAGGUCGCGCUGGUAGUGGGCGCAGGCCACGGAUUGGGCCGCGAUGUGGCGCUGCUUCUGGCCACCAGAGGCGCCAACGUCGUCUGUUGGGAUUUCGACGCAGCAGCCAAUGGCGACACCAUCCGGUUGAUUCGCGGUGUCAGAGGCAAGGCGACGGGGUACGCAGUGGACGCAUCGAACCGCGAUGAGGUGCAGGUGGCAGCGGCACGGAUGAGGCGCGACGUGGGCGUGGUCACGCUGCUGGUGGGCGGGGCGGGGGCACUAGCGCCACGCCUACCGCUGCUGCAGCAGUCGCCGGAGCUCAUCGAGCGCACCGUGGCCGCCAGCCUCUACUCCCUCUGCUGGACUGCUCCCACACAGUGUGCUACAUAUGACAAACAAGUUCCUACAUCGAGCUGUCGAGCUUGA